AUGUCAGAGCAAAAGGCCCUAGUGAAGCGUAUUACAAACGAAACCAAAAUCCAGAUUGCGAUCGCCCUGAAGGGUGGUCCGCUGGCGCUGGAACACUCGAUCUUCCCAGCACGGGAGGCGGACGCAGUUGCAGAGCAGGCCACGCAGUCGCAGGUGAUCAACGUCCAGACAGGCAUCGGGUUCCUGGACCACAUGGUCCACGCCCUGGCCAAGCACGCCGGGUGGUCGCUGAUCGUCGAGUGCAUCGGGGACCUGCACAUCGACGACCACCACACCACCGAGGAUUGUGGGAUCGCGUUGGGACAAGCCUUCAAAGAGGCCUUAGGGGCCGUGCGUGGUGUGAAGCGGUUCGGUUCAGGGUUCGCACCCUUGGACGAGGCUCUGUCCAGGGCCGUGGUCGACCUCUCGAACAGGCCGUACGCGGUGGUCGAGCUUGGCCUGCAGAGAGAGAAGGUCGGUGACCUCUCCUGCGAGAUGAUCUCGCACUUUCUCGAAAGCUUCGCAGAGGCCAGCAGAAUCACCCUGCACGUGGACUGUCUGCGGGGCAAGAACGAUCACCACCGCAGCGAGAGCGCCUUCAAGGCCCUCGCCGUGGCCAUCAGAGAGGCAACCUCCCCCAACGGCACCAACGACGUGCCCUCCACCAAGGGUGUUCUCAUGUAG